AUGAGCACAUCGAAAUGUUACGUAUACCCCCGGGAGGAGGAAGUGAAGAGCUGCAGCGACAUGGCUAUGCCAAAUGGUCCCAUUGUUAACGACUGUGAGGGGGAUGAAGCGAUGGAGGUGGGAGUAAAGGGGCAAGAGGAGAAACACCCCGAAGGGGUUAUUCAAGAGGAAAAAAACAGUCGUCAAGAUGGCCCCCUCUUCGGUGAAGAAGCGCCAAGCGGGGGAGACGUCGGUGUGAACGCAUCGAGUGAGCAGGCGGGUGAAGCACCCGUGGAAGACCACCCAAAGAAGGAGCUAACCGAUGGGCACGAAAAAGGGGAUAACCAUCUCGGGGCAGCAAACAGUAAGUUGGGGCAAAUAGACAAAAAAACGAAGUUAAAAAAAAAGAAAAAAGUAGGAGAAAGGAGGGAGAAGGGGGAGAAGAAGAAGAAAAAAAAAUUAAACGCCCAGCAGACAAAUGCAGUUACUGGGAAGGAAGAGAACGGAGGAGGCGAUCACCCCCUGGCGGACGUCCCAGAUAAAGCCACAGAAGAGGCGAACGAGGGGGUGGUUCUUUGCCAGGAGGUCUACCACGAUUGCACUCAUUAG